UCCAAUAAGUGGGAUUUUUGUUGCCUGCAUUCGUGUGACAAGACGUCGCUGCUAUAUUUGGGGAAUCUAUAAAAUUGAUUUUACAUUUUUGUGGGUUGCACGAAAGUCAGUUGAACAUCUUCAGUGAGUAGAAACGUUUUAAGCAGCGGUAAAAUAUUAAGAGUUUAAUGCAAAUGUAAUCUUGAGCGUAUACAAGUGGAAAAAUGUCGUCUCGAGUUCUAAAAAAGUUGCACGGCGACAAAGAUCUGGAGUUAAAAGAGGCCGAAGAACAGCUGUCGGAUGUUGAUCAGGAUUUAGGAGCUGGUUCGAAGAAAAAGCAACUAAAUUUGAAUCGCUAUGACUUGCUUAAUCAGCAAAGUCCUUCGGAGAGUGAGGUAAAGGAGGACGAUAAUGAAACCGAACACGCCUCGGCCGCAAGCAAUGCUUCCAUGUCGAAUUUGUCGAAAAAAAAGAAGAAAAAGCGAAAGAAGCGUGGCACGAAGCACUCGAAUCAAAUCAGCAGUGAAGAUAAUGAGAUAAGCGACAAAUUUAUCAGUGAUUUGGAUAAAAUUAUCGGGAAGCCGUAUAAAGCUGUUAGCUUGCCUGAUCCAGUAUACAAAACACUGCUUUCUGUUGAAACGAAGAACUUGAAUCCUCAAUUGGAAAUGCGUCGUACAUUUGGAAAACGAGUUGUAAAGAUUGAACAAAGGCGAGGACGGGGUCAAAAACCAACCCUGAAGUCAACAUAUCUUGUAAGUACAAAGGAUUCUUGGCCACCAGUAUCCAAGGACAUUAUUUACAUGAAAAUUUCCAAUGAUCAAGUCGACUCAGCGGACCAUGCUAACAGCGUAGUUUGGUUUGCGUUUGAGCAUAGCAAAUAUUAUCAGAAUGUGCAGAACAUGUUUCUGUCGGCGGUGGAGAAAAUGGAUUCCGAUUUUCUUAUUCGUAUCAUAAAGCGAUGUCCGUAUCAUGUUGACUCGUUGAUUCAACUAAGCGAACUCUGCAAGAUGACGGAAAAUUACGCAAUGGCUUCAGAACUUAUCGAGCGAGCCAUCCUCGUUUUGGAAUCAUCUCUGCAUCCCACUUUCAGUUUGACAUCAGGCAAUUGUCGAAUGGAUUAUCGACGACAGGAAAAUCGGGCAUUUUUUAUUGUACUUUUCAAGCAUGCACAAUAUUUGGAAGCACGGGCUUGUUGCCGGACUGCAUUUGAGAUUUCAAAAUUAAUUUUAAGUUUGGAUCCUGACACGGAUCCGUUGGCCAUGAUUCUUGUGAUAGACUAUUACGCGUUGCGGAGCAAGCAGUAUGAAUGGUUCAAGAAGUUUUAUGAAGAGUGGGAGAGUAUAAAGAACUUAUCGCAACUGCCCAAUAUGGCCUAUUCAUACGCUUUGGCACUAUUCCAGUGCAAUGAAGAUCUUGAAAAGGCAGAUGCUGCCCUUCAAUACGCUUUGUUGAUGUUCCCGGGAGUAUUGAGGCCUCUUCUCGAAGAAAUGUCUGUACAAACCGAUAGACGAGCUUCUACGCACAGUUAUUUCCAGACAGGUAUCUCCGGAGCCCAAUCGCCAGCCCUAGAGCAACUAGUUUCGUUAUAUAUUUGCCGGGCUAAAGUUAUGUGGCGUGAUCAGGAGAUACUUCCCUGGCUCGAGAAGAACGUGAACAUUGUUUUGGAUCAGGUUGACCAGAAAAGCGACAUCGUAAACGAAUACAAUGUCAAACGAUCACAAAGAUAUGUUAACCCGCCUCGCGCAAUUUUACGACAUGUAGUCUUGUCAGACUAUAAAGAAAAAGUUCCCCUCGCAAACUUUGUGACAAAAGAGAAGGAUCCCAUAAUGAUGUACGAUCCCUUGCCUCCUUUGGACUCCGUUAAUUUUUACCAGAAAAAAACACCAGUGACAAGCCCAACCUCGGCAAGCGUUCCGAACAAUCGCGCAGUUUCAAUGUUCUUCCAAUCCAUGCUACCCACGUUUAAUUUGAGGGACAACGGAGGCAGCAUUGAAGACCUUCAAAUCAACCAGUUGCAAGAAAUGAAUAUCAACCUCGAUAUGGGCGAUGAAGCAGGCGGAGCCGAUGGUGCCGUUGCUGGGAUGGAGUCGUAUCGUGAGCUGAGGCACUCGUUGACAUCGUUCAUCGAUGCAAUGCGUGACUUCCUAUCAAACAUUGGAAUAGCAGAACGUACAAGCAACGUAGACGGUGACGAUAAUGACAGUUCAGGCGAUGACUCGGGUAACUUUUUCGAUUGAGUUGUUCGGAGGAAAUAUGAGAAAUAAAUUACAUAUAUAUUUAAAUUAGGCUUCUAGAUAAUAAUAAUAACAAUAAUUAAUCGUUUUUGUAAAGAGAGUUCAAUUUUAUCACAUUCUGUCUAUAUCUCUGUGGUUGUUGUAAUUCUGAUUAUAAACAUUAAAAAAAGCAAGCUUUGCAAUGCGGACAGCAUCCCUAUUCGAGAGCCUCAAAAUGAAAUAGAUUUUAUUUACUUCACAA